GCCUGAACCCACCCCCCAUCUGCGACAGCGUCUCAGCAAGUCGCCAUUGUUCGCGCAGCACCACCCAAGAGUCUGCCAACGACCGGCACUGUGCGACUGGGGAAUGAAAGAGUGCAGCCCGCAAUAACCGCGCGAAUUCCUUUUCGUCGCGCCUGGCAAUUUCACCGCCCUUCGUCGGGCGCCCCAGCUUCAACAUCGUCUCCGCUUGCCGACACGUCGACGACCCCUCCCUAGACCGGGCUUCGAACGAUGGCGCAGGCCGUAAACCGCAUUCGCGGGGCGUUUGCGCCCCCGCGUAAGGGCGAGACCUUUGAGCUGCGGGCGGGCUUGGUGUCGCAAUACGCCCACGAGCGGAAGGAAGCGAUUCAGAAGACCAUCAUGGCUAUGACUCUGGGGAAGGACGUGUCGGCGCUCUUCCCUGAUGUGCUUAAGAACAUCGCGACGUCAGACCUGGACCAGAAGAAGCUGGUCUAUCUGUAUCUUAUGAACUACGCCAAGACGCACCCGGACCUCUGCAUCCUCGCCGUCAACACCUUCGUACAAGACUCGGAAGACCCCAAUCCCCUCAUUCGUGCGCUGGCGAUUCGAACUAUGGGCUGCGUCCGUGUGGACAAAAUGGUGGACUACAUGGAGGAGCCUCUGCGUAAGACUCUGCGGGACGAGUCGCCGUACGUGCGCAAGACGGCUGCUAUCUGCGUGGCCAAGCUCUUCGACCUGAACCCCACCAUGUGCAUCGAGAACGGUUUCCUCGAGACAUUGCAGGAGAUGAUCGGCGACCCGAACCCGAUGGUGGUGGCCAACUCGGUACAAGCCCUGUCGGAAAUCAACGAAACGGCGCCCGAGACAAAGGCCCUGGUCGUCACACCAGCCACCCUCAAGAAGCUGCUGAUGGCCUUGAACGAGUGCACCGAAUGGGGGAGGGUCACGAUCCUCACCACCCUGGCCGCCUACCCCCCGACAGACGUCAAGGAGUCGGAGCACAUCUGCGAGAGAGUCGCGCCGCAGUUCCAACACGUCAAUCCCAGCGUCGUCCUGGCUGCCGUCAAGGUCGUCUUUGCCCACAUGAAGCUCAUCAACCCUGAGCUUGUCAAGCAGUACCUGAAGAAGAUGGCGCCUCCGUUGGUCACCCUCGUCUCUUCUGCGCCAGAGGUGCAGUACGUCGCCCUCAGGAACAUCGACCUCCUCCUGCAGGCUAAGCCGGACAUCCUCAGCAAGGAGCUCAGGGUGUUCUUCUGCAAGUACAACGACCCGCCUUACGUCAAACUCCAGAAGCUCGAGAUCAUGGUCAGGAUAGCGAACGAGAGGAACUUUGACCAGCUUCUGUCCGAGCUGAAGGAGUAUGCCCUCGAGGUUGAUAUGGACUUUGUCAAGCGCGCCGUCAAGGCCAUCGGCCAGGUGGCCAUCAAGAUCGAGGCGGCUAGCGAGAAGUGCGUGAAUGCUCUAUUGGACCUGAUCGCGACCAAGGUCAACUAUGUUGUCCAAGAGGUCAUUGUAGUCAUCAAGGACAUCCUUCGGAAGUACCCCGGCUACGAGGGCGUCAUUCCCACACUCUGCAAAUACAUCGACGAGCUGGACGAUCCCAACGCUCGGGGUGCUCUGAUCUGGAUCGUGGGCGAGUAUGCCGAGAAGAUCAACAAUGCCGACGCCAUAUUAUCGGGAUUUGUUGACCUCUUCCCGGAGGAGUUUACUCAAACGCAGCUACAAAUUCUCACGGCGGUGGUGAAACUGUUCCUCAAGAAGCCCAGCAGCAACCAGGGCCUCGUACAAAAAGUUCUGCAGCUCGCGACGGCCGAAAGCGACAACCCCGACAUCCGCGACCGCGCCUACAUUUACUGGCGCCUUCUCUCCGGUGACCUGGACAUCGCCAAGAACAUCAUCCUCGCCCAGAAACCGCCCAUCACCACCACCGUCAACAGUCUUCCUCCGGUCCUUCUCGAAACCCUCCUAGCGGAGCUCUCCACCCUCGCGUCGGUCUACCACAAGCCGCCCGAGACGUUCGUCGGGAAGGGCCGGUUCGGCGCGGAGGCGAUUCAGCGCGCCGCGAUCCAGGAGCAGCGCCAGAACGCGGCCGAGAACCCGAUCGCCGCGUCGGUGGCCGCCGCGGCCAGCGCGGGCGGUGCCGGGGCCGCAGCGCCGCAGAGCAACAUCGAGAACCUGCUCGACAUCGACUUUGACGGGGCCGCCCCUGCGAGCGCGGAGCAGAAUCCGGCGGGGACGGGCACGCCCGACCGGGUGGCGAGUCCGGUGUCGACCGGCGGUUUCGGGGCCCCGCCGAGCGGGGGGAUGGCGGACAUCAUGGGCCUGUUUGAUGCGCCCGCCCCGGGGCCAGCAGCAGGCGCGGGCGCCGGGGGAGCGGCUGCUGCUGGCGGCGGCGGUGGUGGUGCCCUGAGCGACUUGAUGAGCGGGUUCGAGGGCCUCGAUCUGAGCGGGGCGAGUGCGCCGCCCCCUCCAAGGCAGCAGCUUGGGCACGGGAACGGCAAUGCCUCGGGGGGGAAGGGCAGCGAUGACCUGUUGGGCUUGUUUUAGUUGGGGUUUGGAAGUACAGGAGCAUCGGUGUCUGGAAUGAGGAAAGGGAAACAAAGAGAAGAAACGCCUUCUAGACAAUAUCUGCUGGGAAGCUCCAUCUUGGGUUCUCCCACCGGUGCGGUGAGGUUGCUUGUUUUUCGGUUGUGGUUGGCCCUGGUUCUUAA